AUGACACUAAAAGACAGUUACACAAACAAAGACAUGGACGCCGAUGAUUUCCACAAUGAACGGGAUCAGGUUGUCGGAGAAACUCCGAAAGGCGUACCGAACACUUUAAGGAAACGAGAACCGGGAGGCCGAAUCAGAAAAGAAGACAAUUUUGUCGAAGAGAUAGGAAGUGAUGAUGUUGACAGAACAGACUUGUCUAACUCAAAAACUAUACCAGAAACUAGCAUUUUAAGUGCCGAAACACCAAGCAAGGUCAAUGAGUUGAGCCAUAAUGUAGUAACACCAAACCUGGGACGAGUGAAGGCUUUUUUCCGAAAUCAAAAUGUAGUGGGACAAAAAACGAGCGGACCUUUGUCGGCACAGAAGCUCCUAUUCGAAAGCUCACCACUGGAUACGCCCCAAUCACAAAGAGCAGUGCCUGACUUUAGAGCAAGAAAAAUAUCACCAACGUCCUUGCUCCGAGAUAUGCGUGAAAUUGAAGCCCCAGACUUGAGCAGAGAUACAAGUGGCUUUAUGGAAUUGAACGAAGGUGGAAAUACUAGUUUCGAUCAUAGUCACACUCGCGGACAAAUUUAUCAUCGCUCAAAUGCUAGCGGGAAACGAGCUAGCUUAGAGAGUCAACAUAGCUCACCAAGGCAAAUAUCUCAACACCCAGGUGACAUGGCGUUUACUCCCAGCAAUCGUCCUUUGCAAGGUUCACUUGAAGACACUAUCCCCACUCAUAGACACGAGAAAGGACUCCAAUUUUCGCAGGCGAUACCGGUAGAAACGGUCGAGUCCUCGUUUCCAAAUACGAACGAGCAUAGGAUAGUUGAGGAGACUACACAACCCAUAGACACAACUGACGAGAUUCAAAAAGGGUUGGAAAAUUUUGACGGGUCUGCGACUCAGGUCGACAACACAUUUGCUCCUUCCAUUUCUGCACCAGGGGAUGUAAGCAUCCUUAGCGACCAUCAGUCGCCUCUUAUAGCAAAAUUCUCACAUCGGGAUACCGCUUUACCAAAACCUCCUAUAGACAACAGUACACCUAGUCGCUUUCUUCAAUCUCCGCAAGACGAGACACUGCCGGUAUCUAGUCUCAAAACCUCGACCGUGGGCGAGAAACAGUACUCCGAUGACAAUCGAAAGACUCCAUCCAAGUCAGACGAGUGCUUCUCUCAGGAACAUGCCUAUGGUAUAGAAUUAGCUCCCAAUUCAGCAUCGCAGUUGGAUGAAAGCGGAAAGCGCAUACGGCUUAGGUUUUCCAACGGCUAUGAACAAAACAAGGACUGCGAGUCUGUUGAAAGUGAGAAAAUAAACGAUGAUGUUAUAUUUAGCGACGUCGAGAGGACUCAAGAUUUGCCCGAGGUCGAGGAGGUGGUUCGUCCCGAGAUGGUAGAGGAUACACAUGAUGAGCUAGACACACUAAAGGAAAGCAGGCUCUCUUCUCAGCGCCUCGAUACCCAAGAGCUUAUGUCUUUCAAGAAGACUUGUGACCAAGGAUCUUCUGAACCGUCUCAGGAGGUAGUAAAGAACAGGAGAUCUUUGAAGAAAAAAAGGCUAGGCACUCAGAGCCUUGCGGACACGGCGGGUGCGCCAAUACCAAAGAAACUGGAAACAGAUAAUUCACCAAAAAGAAAGAAGAUCAGUACUGAGGCCCCGCAGAGCCCUAACCUUCAUCCAAACACAGUAGGAGAAAUUUCAACUGCGGCCUCAGUAGACUCCUCAAAGCAUAAGGAUGAUGGAUUGAUUCAAGAGAGCACCAAAUGUUCCCCGGAACCUUUGAUGGGGACUCUAUCACCAGUACCGGAUGAUGUCAGAACCAGUGACGACAAUCUUCUCACCCGAAAAAACAUUCGGUUUUAUGACGCUGUAUGGUGUUAUUAUGACUUCAAUUGCAUGUACUAUCCUGGAAAAGUUUGCGGAGACAGCUCGAAUUCAACUGAUGUGGAGGUACUAUUUGAAUCAGGAAUAUCCAAUGUCAAGCGGGAAGAUUUACACUACCUUGAUGUAACUGUUGGCGAAACAGUACUGUGGGAGGGAAAGCCUUACGCAAUCAUCGCUUUGGAGUGCCGACCAGAAAGUGAGAAGAAAGCUAUCAGAUGCGUUCGGGGAUACGACACAGUGCAUCUGAAAAGAAAAAACAAGAGCGGCGAUCUAGGUAAAAGAACGUUGGUAAAGUCUCUUUCUUCAAUAACGCUGACUGUUGCGCUUUGGGCUAAGAGGCCGAAGAUAAUUUUGUCCAGUAACCUUCAAAACCGUGAAGAGGCCUUUGGGGAGUUACGCCAUCCCAGAAGAGGUCGCAAGAGCACCACUGUAAUGACUCCGCCAACCCCCUCCGAUGUUUUUGCCGAAAACAUCAAUUCACGCGGUUCCUCAAGCCAUAAUCAUGCUCCACGCUCGAUCGAUCAGGAUAGCAAGCCCGAAUUGAAAGUAGGAAGCCCGCACUCGAAUAACUCAGAAAGCGGAGGGAUUUUUCGCGGUUGCCUUUUUGUUUUGAGUGGUUUGAGUGAUCAUAAAAGGAGCUAUCUAUCGUCCAUUAUCGAGCAAGAAAAAGGAAUGGUGUCAAAGAUGAGUUUUUCCAAUAUCGUUGAUCUUACGGACAAAUUCCAUGUCACAUCGGAAACAAUAGAUUUGGCUGCAAUCAGGUUUGCCGGCCUGGUCACAGAAAAACAUUCCAGGAGCCUUAAAUACCUAGAGACCCUCGCUCUCGGAUGGCCACUUUUGCAUUACAAUUUUAUUGAGCAUUGUCUGAGGCUAAAAAAGGCUGACUGGCCCAGCAUAUUUCAAUUUCUUCUACCUGCCGGCGAAAGCUUUCGACUUCACAACUCAUCGAGUCCAAAGGUGGGCGUCAUCAAAUCUAGUAAUAUCUUCAAUUUCUUCUCGGGGCUCUUACAGAAUUUGUCGCUUGAAGCGCAAAUCAAUUCAAGACCUUUGAAGAUGAACACCUACCACGUUAUGGUUUGCGGAUCCUCGGACUUGAACAAAUUUGUAACUUUUGCGUUUCAAAUACUGGGUGCCGCCUCACUGAAAUUCUGUGAAAACACAGAGAACGUUUUGAGCACUCUUGCAAAGAACAUUGAGCGGAUUGACUCUAAGGUUUCUACCUCAGUUUUUGUUAAAGAUAACUUGGGCGAUUUGCCCAAAGGCUCUAAAGUGUUGAUAUUCAUUAAUUUAAAAGGGGAGACAGACACUGCAUCAGAACUGCUCGGUCGAUGCAUUAAGCAAAGUUCUUAUGGUCACGAUAUAUACAUAGAGGGGAAAGAAUGGUUGAUUCAGACCAUCAUCAAUGAAAGUUUGGGCCACGAUGACGAUUGA